CUCUUAUUUUGCUUUCACUGAUGAUGUCCCCCGCAUGGGAGACGAAACAUCUGCAUUAAAAUUGUUAUUUGUUGCGUCAAGCCGGUGUGCAAUUUCGUUGUUUUCUGUCUUGUCCAUAGAAAAAUCAUGCCGGAAGUGAAGCUGAAAAGAUGCCCGACACGCCACCUACUUCCUCCUUAAUCAAAACCAGUUAAAAUGGCGUCAGGUGAUGUGGAAUUUGGGGUGAAAGCAUUUAGUAAGAUGCUUUUACAUUGCCUUAAAUACCCACACAGUGCUGUGAACGGUGUUCUGCUAGCGGACGACCACCGAAAAUCUGGCGACACUUUGCUUCACAUAGUAGACAGCAUUCCUCUCUUCCAUCAGUGCUUAGGACUGACUCCGAUGCUUGAAGUCGCUCUCGUCCAAAUUGAACAGCAUUGCAAGAACGCCGGUUUGGUUAUCGCUGGAUACUACCAGGCUAAUGAGCACCUUCGAGAUAACACACCUGAUAUCACGGCUCAUCGCAUUGCAGAUAAAAUUGCUGACAACUACGCGGAUGCAUGUCUUGUGAUGUUGGAUAAUCAACGUCUGUCUGUUGAUUGUGACCAGAAAGAUGGGUUGGUUAUGGUGUUCGGCUGCCACGACAACCGCUGGCGUGAACGUGGCUUCCGACUUGUAGAAAAAACCCUCAGUGUUACCUCUUCACUGCUUCGUGCGAAGUCGUACCGAAAAUUGACGGACUUUGAUAACCAUUUGGACGAUAUUACUCGUGAUUGGAGCAACAAGGGCGUCAACGACGAUAUAGCUCGUUGUCUUUAAAAGCACUGUUGCAACCGCGAAAGUGAUUUCAGCUUCCCUUUCCAUUCGUGUACAAAUGUAAUAUCUUUCUAUUUGCAACAUCGGAGCUGUACACAUUAAAAUGCAAGUAGUCUCAUAAUCACUUAUGCCCAUUCUA